CCCUUCCAGCGUCUCGUUCGUGAGAUCGCUCAGGACUUCAAGUCGGACCUCCGCUUCCAGUCGUCGGCCAUCGGUGCUCUUCAGGAGUCCGUUGAGGCUUACCUGGUCUCCCUGUUCGAGGAUACCAACCUUUGGUAUGUUUCUUCAGAUCCACUGCCACAUCUGUACAUCAAACUAACAACCUCUCCAGCGCUAUCCACGCAAAGCGUGUUACCAUCCAGUCCAAGGACAUCCAGUUGGCCCGCCGUCUCCGUGGCGAGCGCUCGUAAACAACCAACAUUCCAACGCGCCAUGACUUAGUUUUCUAGUUCGAUCUCGCCUCUUUUUCUUGGUAUGACAUGUUUCCCUGUAUUGGGUCGCAUACUUGUUCUGGGAGAUGGAAGUGUGAUCGGAGUGGGCUUAAAACUGGUCUUCAAUUUUCUUUCCUCGUUAACAUGGUUCCUUUUACGUGGGUGUUCUUUUUUUCUGGCUGCUACUUGUUUGUGCAAUGAAACGAAACGGUUCUGGGUAUACGGGUGUCUUGUUUUGUUUUUACCUGCUUGUUCUCUUUUUUUGUUUGCAGUACAGGGUGCAGUCUACUGUAUUAUAGCCUGGGGUAAUCUUUCUGCGUCUCACAUUGUGCUCAUGGUGAAUUGUGUACCCUGUAUCAGUUCUCUUCAGUGUUCAGUGUCUGUUCGGGUUGCUUCUGAAGUUCUUGUCUGUCUGCACGAUGCUAUGCUACAGCUAGACUGGCUGUCUGCGAGAAAUUUCGAGGAGUUAGAAAGCGGAAUUGAAUGAAAUCCCGUCAGAUCCGAAGAUGGCACGUCUCGAAUCGCUACAUACCUAGCUCUAAGUGGUGAACCAGUGGUUCGAAAAGCCCCCGCGUCAGAGCUCGUGGCGGGUGGU